GAAUUCUCUUCCCUCUCACCGGCCUCUCGUCUCCACUCACCUCCCGGCGACCCCGGCUGGACUGAGACACUCGCUGCCACUAUGUGCGACAACUCACCGACUGGGCUGCGACUGGACGCGCGGACUUGUCUCCCUCCUCUGGGGACCAGCGACCUGAACUAAAGACUCGAGUGAUGUGGAAAAAACACGCGGGGAGCAGAAAACCCACAUCGAGACACAAACUCGGCGACUAAAUCGCUCAGGUUGACAAUGGUCGCUGGGAUCCACUCUCUGCUCCUGCUGCAGUUUUACCAGAUCUUGCUGAGCGGCUGCACCGGGCUCGUCCCAGAGGAAGGCAAACGCAAGUAUUCCGAAUCCACUCGCUCGUCUCCGCAGCAGUCCCAACAAGUCCUCGACCAGUUUGAGCUUCGGCUGCUCAAUAUGUUCGGCUUGAAGAGGAGGCCGACGCCUGGCAAAAAUGUUGUGAUCCCCCCCUACAUGUUGGACUUGUACCACCUGCACUCGGCUCAGUUGGCCGAUGAUCAAGGAAGUUCUGAGGUGGACUAUCACAUGGAGCGGGCGGCUAGCAGAGCCAACACAGUGAGGAGCUUUCACCAUGAAGAAACCAUGGAAGAAAUUCCAGAGUCUGGUGAGAAAACAAUCCAACGAUUCUUCUUCAACCUUUCUUCAAUUCCAGAUGAGGAGCUGGUCACGUCUUCUGAGCUCCGGAUUUUUCGAGAGCAGGUCCAAGAGCCAUUUGAGACUGACGGCAGCAAACUUCAUCGGAUUAAUAUUUAUGACAUUGUCAAGCCAGCGGCGGCUGCCUCCCGGGGCCCUGUUGUAAGACUAUUGGACACCAGACUGAUCCAUCAUAAUGAAAGCAAAUGGGAAAGUUUUGAUGUGACGCCGGCAAUUACACGGUGGAUUGCACAUAAACAGCCUAACCAUGGGUUUGUUGUUGAAGUGACUCACUUGGACAAUGACACAAAUGUGCCCAAGAGGCAUGUGAGGAUUAGUAGGUCUUUAACCCUGGAUAAAGGUCACUGGCCUCGGAUACGGCCAUUAUUGGUAACUUUUAGCCAUGAUGGCAAAGGAUAUGCUCUUCACAAAAGACAAAAACGGCAAGCUAGGCACAAACAACGUAAACGCCUUAAAUCGAGCUGCAGGAGGCAUCCGUUGUACGUAGAUUUCAGUGACGUUGGUUGGAAUGACUGGAUUGUUGCCCCACCUGGGUAUCAUGCCUUUUACUGCCACGGGGAAUGUCCUUUUCCACUGGCAGACCAUUUAAACUCUACAAACCAUGCAAUCGUACAAACUUUGGUGAAUUCCGUCAACACAAACAUUCCCAAAGCUUGCUGCGUCCCCACAGAACUCAGUGCCAUCUCCAUGCUCUAUCUUGAUGAGAAUGAAAAAGUAGUAUUAAAGAAUUAUCAAGACAUGGUCGUGGAGGGGUGCGGGUGCCGUUAGGCGGGGACACACAAGCCAGAGACAAGAAAGCUGACACUUUAAUAUUUCCUUUUGGAGACUAUAUUUAUGCUUUGAAAAAUGAUGAAACAAUUAUUUUGAAAAUAUAUUUAUGUCUACACGGAGGCUGGGAAGCAAAUAUUUUAAUCUGAGAAAUAUUCCUUUUUAGUUGUACAUUUUUAUAAGGGUUUGUACCCAGCACAUGAAGUAUAAUGGUCAGAUUCCUAUUUUGUAUUUAUUUACCAUUAUAACCACUUUUUAAGGAAAAAAAUAGUUGUUUUGUAUUUAUAUGUAAUCAACAGAGAAAAUAUAGGGUUUGUAAAUAUGUUACUGAAAGUGUUUUUUUCUUUUUUUUAAAUUAUAUAUACACAGCUGGUUAUAUGGCAAGUUUUUUAUAUUUUCUAUAAAGCUAAUUUCAAGGUCAUUAGUUAUAAACUUGAUGAUGUGUUGGUUCAUUGGUAAAUCCUCCAUAUUGUGCAAUUAACAUGCAUUUUUAUAAUGUACGAAGUCCAGUCCAUUGUGCAUUGCUUUGCAAAUUUAGAAUU